AUGGAGGGCAUCCGCGCCACCACCGGUGGCUUCAUGCAGCGGCGUCUAAGCCGCUUGUAUAAUGACACGAAAAAGUCUUCGGAUUUCGUCCAGGAGCCCACCAAGGCCCCCGAAGACCCCGAGAUCAAAUCCCUGUUCAGGAAACUGCGCAUCCAAAAGGACCGCGUGUCCGUCUGGGGCCUCGAAUGGACCGAUCCCAACCAGUCAGAUGAGAUUGACAGCUCGCUGUCAAAGGCCGGCCUGAGCGAGGUCGUCCACAGCAUCCUGUCGAGGGUUCGAGAAACACUAUCCGAGUUGGAUGCCUUGUGGAAGAGCUACACGAACCCGCUUGGUACCGUCUCGGAAAAGUCGUCGGGCGACCGCAAGACAUCAUUUGUCACCUGGGACAAGGCCGUCUUUGCCGAUGCCAUCGCCGACCUCACGCAGUCGGUCGAUACCCUUUACGACCUUUCUAGAACACGCUCCUCGGGCCACAUGUCUUCCCGCUCCAAGCUCGAAAAGUCCAUGGCAUCCACCGAAGAGCUGAGGCCCUUCGAGUCCACCAGGAUGCAGACCCCUCAGGAGAUCGAUCCCAAGACCUUGACCAACAUCCGCGCCAUGCAGGCGGAGCCCAUGACCGAAUCCAGAGCCAACCUCCCGCCGAGGGACAUCGUAUUCAUGAGCAAGCAGGCCUGGUCCGAUUUGUCACAGCACAUCGGUCGGCAGCCGUUCGCGCCGCUGUUGUUGGAGUAUGCCACCUUCGAUUCCAUCUACUCAGUCACAGGCAUCAUGCCCCCCAUGUCGCGCUUCGAGAAGCUGUCGGCCGGCUUGCAGCAAGAUUCGCAAAGGGCGCCGGGCACCUGGAUCGGUUUGCCCCGGCUGCUGGGCUACUUUGAGGAUCUGGAACACUCCCGCCUCGGGCUCGUGUACCAUUUCCCGCCCAACUUCAACGCCGUCUCUUUCGAGAACUUCACCCAGAACCCGCUCUACAACGUUUGCACGCUCGCCGAUCUUCUCUCGCGGCCUGAUUUUGAGCCGACCUUGGAGGCGAAGUUCCGUCUGGCCUCGAACCUCGUCAACACCGUCUUCGACUUGCACGCGAGGGGCAUCACCCACGGCUGCAUCAUCGACAAGAAUGUCUCCUUUUGCAACAUGGCCACGCCAGACCUGACCACGGGUCCCGGCGAGGUAGAUAUCCGCCGGCCCCUGGUCUCGUCUUUCGACCUGUUCCCAGAUGCGCCAUCGGACGAGGAGCCGGUCUCGCCAUCCCUGCCUCUCUUCCGCCAUCCCCUGGAUCCUCGCACGACACCAGCAUCUCCCAUCAACGACAAGAUGGAUUCGCGAAUCCUCGAUCUCUACUCUCUCGCCAUGGUUCUGCUAUCUAUCGGUCUGUGGACGAAGCUCGAGAACCUCGUACCCGAUCCGUCUCAGCCGAUCCCCGAAUCCGUUCUCAACCAACUGGGUAUUCGCUGCUCCUCCAUGUACAAGAGAGCUGUCGAGACCUGCUGGACCGCCGUCGACACACAGCUCCAAGGAGUCGCCGCGGAUGAGGAGCUCCUUUCCGCUGUACAGGUGACUGUGACGCGCUGCUUAGACUCGUGCGCAAUUCUCGACAACAUGAACUCCCUCGAGGACCGCCUUAACCUCGACCUGGGCAAGACAACCGCUUCCCCUGUGGGAACCCCCGCCAGGCAAAGCAUAUCCGGGCCUUCUAAAGACGCACAGGCUUUCCGCCCGUCUGUCGACGCGCAUCGCUCAUCAUUCGAUACCAAGGCUCCUAUCUCCGAACCUAACCCUGCUCCCCGCUCGUAUCCUUCAGCCGCGGAGGAAAAGCGGCAGCUUGCUAGGAAAGAGGUUGCGGGUGGGUCACGUUCACGCACUUGGCACGCACCGCAUGCUAAUCACAUCGCAGCCGCCCCCGCCCCCGCCGAGUUGCCCGCCGAGCUGCCUGCCGAGACGAAGGCUGCCAAGCCGCCUUCCACCAAGACCCGGCUGUAUCCUCAGAUCCCACUGCCUCCCGAUGCUGUUGAGAAGUGGAACACGUUUGUGAUGCCCCAGGUCAAUCAGGCCUUGCGACAUUUCUACCGAAAGCACCGGGAAGAGUCUGUUGAGGUAUCUCUCGAGUCUAUCGGCAGCUCCCCAACGAGGACACAGCCCACCGUUCUGGUUGUGUGUACGUCUGUCAGUAAGGUUAAGGCCAUUCUUACACGCAAAAUGGGCGAGCUAUUCGACGGCAAGUCUGGGUUUGGCUUGAAGGUAUGCAAGGGACAGGUCAUGAGGUCACGGAAACAGUCAGGCGACGUCAAGCGAAGCGCAGCACACGAUGAUGACGACGACGACGAAGGCGGUAUCAAAGCCGCUAACCCCGACUUUCAAGCGCGUCCCAAUAAUGGCGCGAGCAUCGGAGCCUGGGUGGGUGACCGCCACCUGCCGCCCGUCAGCUUGGGCGGCCUUGUUAUGGUGGACGAUAAGCCGUACGGGAUGACGGUUCAUCACAUGCUGGACGACCCCGAAGAGAUUUACAAGCACGCCAAAGCGCAAGACCCGGCGAUGCGGAGCAUGGCUAGAGACGCCGAUGACGUGCGGUUCGACUGGUACGCCGAGUCAUCCGCCGAAAGCAGUAGCGGAGAGGACUAUGCCUGCGAGUUUUCCGAAUCCGAAUCGGGGGCAUACUCGGAGACGGACGUCACCAGCGAGGAUUCUGAGGAGGAGGACAGCGGCGACGAGUCCGAAGGCGAAUAUGACCAGCCCGGCGACAUACCGGGGGUUGAGCCCGGCUGUGGCGAGGGGUACAUCAUCACGCAGCCCGCCAUGGACGACGUCGACGAAGAGUUUUAUCCUUCCGAGGAAACGGCAAACGAGGACCAUCUGGAUAGCUUCACUGUCGGGGAGGUCUACGCGUCGAGCGGAAUCAAGCGCAGGGAGCAGAACGGCCUGAUCCACGAGAUCGACUGGGCCCUGUUCGAGUUCGCCCCCGAGAGGCUGCCUGACGACAACACGAUUCCCCGGAUUCAGAGCAAGCAGCUGUCGCCGUCGUACGGGAAAUUUCCGUCGAAGCACGGCAAGUUCAUGCACCCGAUGACCGUGGCACCGACGUCGGCGCUGCCUGGUUUGGAGGUGCAGUGCAUGGCUCGCACGAGCGGCCUGCAGACGGGUCUCAUCCUCCCCGCCCUUACGAGCGUCAAGAUCUUUGGGCGCGUGACGCCGAGUCACACGUACCAGGUCAGCAGCGCUGCCGCCGAGACGCCUGCCGAGCUGGCCGGCGACAGCAAGAAGCUGGCCAUGGGAAUCCCCGGAGACAGCGGCGCGUGGGUCGUUGAGCGUGCCCACGGCCGGGUGUGUGGACAUGUUCUGGCGUGGAGUGGGCGGAAGCGCGUCGCCUACAUCUGUCCGAUGGACGUGAUGCUUCUCGAUAUUGCCGAGGCGCUCGAAGCCCGCGAGGUCGGCUUGCCUGGCGGCGAGCCGGUCGUGAGUCUCCGAGACCGGUACGGAGAAGAGGAGGAAGAGGAGGACGAGGACGAGGGAACCUACAGGGAAGACGAACCGUCGUCGUCGCCUUUUAUGGAUCCCAAGGACGACGAUGAUUUGGACGUGGUGUCGGAGGAGGGGGACGACGACGAGUUCCCAGUACUCGUCAGGUCGCGCGCGCCUCCGCGAAGGCGGGGUGAGAGUAGGAAAAGAGAAGAGCAAGGAAAGCAGCAGCAGCAGCAGAAGCAGGAGGAACAGAAGCAAGAGGGUAGCCCGGAGGAGGGGCGGGAAAAGUUUGCUUCGGACGACAAUCAUGAAUUAUCGCGUAGGAUGGAGUCCAUGGGCAUCGGGAGGAGUCGUAUGGGCAUCGGCAUGUGCAGCUGA